AUUUUACUGUGGCAUUGUAUACAAUGAAACUUGGAACAUCUAUGGAUUUUUGUAUUAACCAUGUGUGUGUGUGUGUCCAUGUCCUGGAAUGAAAUCCCAGCAGAUGCCAAGGGCCCAGUGUAACUCCACUUCAGAUGGAAGGGGAAAAACGUCUGUCAGAAUACUGCAGAUAUUUUUUAUUCUAGUUUGACAGGAAAUUAAAGUGUGUUUAAAACUACUGGUCAAAUGUUCUCCUGGUUGUUGUUUAACCUAACUAUGGAACGUGCAUGAUGGUGCUCUAUUUUUUGGGGGGUGGGGGGAAUGCUCUGAAAACCCAAAAUUUCUUUGGUUUCACUUUUUUGAGUUUGAACCUUUGUCCUUUAUCUAACCCAGAAACAGAAUAAACUCAUGUGAUUUGUGUGUACAGUAGAGUCUCACUUAUCCAACAUAAACGGGCUGGCAGAACGUUGGAUAAGCGAAUAUGUUGGAUAAUAAAGAGAGAUUAAGGAGAAACCUAUUAAAGAUCAAAUUAGGUUAUGAUUUUACAAAUUAAGCACCAAAACAUCACGUUAUACAACAAAUUUGACAGAAAAAGUAGUUCAAUACACAGUAAUGCUAUGUAGCAAUUACUGUAUUUAUGAAUUUAGUACCAAAAUAUCACAAUGUAUUGAAAACAUUGACUACAAAAAUGUGUUGGAUAAUCCAGAACGUUGGAUAAGCGAGUGUUGGAUAAGUGAGACUCUACUGUAUCUGAAAAUUUGCAAUAUGAAGGAUACAUACGUGUAUGAGAGAGAUGGACACACAGAAAAAAUGCCAUGUCUGUAUACAUACACUUUAGUGUCAUGCACAUUUGCCAUUUUUUAAAUGAGGCAUAAGGACAAGGGGAAACUUUUUGUUUCAGAUUUAGAGCCAAUUUAUUGAGUCGCUUCUGGAGUUGCUCCUGACACGAAAAAAAAGCCAAUUUAUUCUUAAUAACAGACCAACAAAAUGCUCCGUAGGUUCCACAAUAAGCUUUUGUACUUACUAAUUUUCUCCAUUUAUGCAUUUCUUUUGCAAAUUCAUGCUGUUUUUUCUUCAUUUGUGUAUGGCUGCUUGGCUGUUGUCACGCGCUGUACUUUCUAACCUUUUGUCUAGACUAGGAAAUGAGGUGUGAUUAGCAAUUUCAAUAAGUAGUGUGUGUUGACUUGACACAUUUUCAAACAUUGCUUGUGAGCGAUAGUAAACAGAAGGUACAUCUUGCUUCUUAUAUGUAACAAGGCUCUUUCAUCCAAAAUCCAAUAGUAUAAAUGGGACUCCUCAAUUUAAGACAGGUCUCACAUAGGAUGGAAAAACGCAGUGCAUGGUAUCUCUGGAAGGCUGUGAUCUUAUUUCUAAGAGGGGGGAAGUGGUGGCAAACACCAACACACACCUAACCUUUAAAACUUCAAAGGGUAACAUAUAAUAAAUGAUAAAAGUGCCUUGAAAGAAAACAUGUUUUAUUGUCUAUAAGAAAUCAAUGGCUGAUUCCCUCUAGUUGAGGGAUGGGAGUAAUGUUGCUCUCCAGAUUUCAUUGCAGUUGGGCUGCACCUCCCAGAAUUCCUUACCAUUGGUUGUCCUGUGUAGGGUUGCUAGGGUGUGCAGGCCAACCAUAUCUGGAGGGCCACAUGGUUCCCACUCAUGGGCUUCUUUUAUGAGGCAAAAUGUAAGAACCUGUGGUUAGCAGAGAUCAAUGAGACAAAUAAUCUCUUCUGUAAACUGAGAUUAUUUGGGGUUGUUCAGAAUUCUUACCCAUCCAUUCAGCCAAAAAAAAAAAAACUUUCAUUUUAGCACUGCCUGCUGACUUGGCCACUGAUCGUAUUCCCCUGUUGUAGUCAUGUAUUAGGGCAUUCCUGUGAGUUGGCCCAGAGCUGAGACGAUUGCACAGAGAGUGAGCCUCCUGAUUUGGAACCUUUGCCCAAUCAUGUGGGAAAAGCCCUUUCACAUAUUGGCUAUAAUACAUUUGCUGGGGUUGGAUUCUGAAAGCUGAAGAUGACAAAAGUGAUGUCCCCAAGCUCUGGGAUUUCCUUAUAAUCCCAAAUGUUGACAUCAAACUUUCCCAUGUGUUCAGAAUACAUUUUGUGCUUGUUUGACUGGGAAGUGGUGGUGAUGUGGUGAAAUUUCUGGAGAACACACCUGUCUCAAUGAAGUAGACAGACCCAGUUUGCACUGUUUCGCCUCCCAGCUGGAGAUUGACUCCCUAUUUGGGGAAGGACACGAUAAACCCGGCUCUCUUUUAUCUUUGUAACUGGCGAGGUUGGCUUGCAAGGCAAAAUAGCAAAUGGUUCCUCUUCCGCUGAAGUCAUGAUACAUAUAGUUUGCAAAACUUACCAAAUUAUUUUGGUAGCAGUGGCACAAGCUUGCUAUUAAGUAACGGUAAAGGUUUUCCCCUGACAUGAAGCCUAGUCGUGUCUGGGGGUUGGUGCUCACCUCCAUUUCUAAGCCAAAGAGCCAGCGUUGUCUGUAGAUACCUCCAAGGUCAUGUGGCUGGCAUGACUGCAUGGAGCGCCGUUACCUUCCCACCAAAAUGGUACCUAUGAUCUACUCACAUUUGCAUGUUUUCGAACUGCUUGGUUGGCAGAAGCUGGCAAGCUUACUAUUAAUAUGGGUAAAAACAAGUAAAUGGGUACCUAGCCAUCUGCUGUAUUUUCAUAGUACCCUCAAUCUGCUGCUUGGUGGGGCUUUCUGUCUUUGCCUAAUGGUAGAGCUGGCCUUGGGUGACUGCCCAAAAAUAAAGAGGAAAUAAUAUGUGAGGAAAUAAUAGCUCUAUUGGUACUGGGGAAAGGAGAAAUGGGAGUGUUGACCAACUGACAUGUAAAUUGGGAGCGAUACAGUUUGAAAUGCCGAUUUAUCUGCUACCGCUUUUCAACGACAUGACUAAACUUUGGAAGAUAACAUUGAAUGUUGCCAUCCUCUGAUUAUAGUCACAAUAUUUAGGGCUAACUGACUUUCUUGCUGUGCCAGGAGUGGUCACCUGUGGUUGGAUUUUAGACUAUUAUUUAGAAUAGUAGGGACUAUUAUUUAUCAUUGUCAAAUCUGAACCACUGGGCUCGAGUUGCUAAUUUUGUGUAUACAUAAUACAGCAUCUUAAUACAUUGUCAUCUCAAUACUCAUUUAUUAACAUCUUGACAAAGCAUAUGAAAAACCAGUUUUCAACAAUUGUUCAUUACCCAAAGCAAAGCUCAUGAUUCUUUCAAGCUCCAUGAUUAAUCUAUAUUGUGUAAUAAAUUUAAAAAGCUUAAUGUUGAAAGCAUAGGAUUCAUAUUAACUCUAUACAGAGGCUUAGACUCAGUUCUUCUAAUAUGAGGGUUUCCUACAGAUAUAAGCUGACUAUUUUUUAAAUUUGCUGUUUAAAGACCUGCAUGAUUUCUACCUUUGCUUCUGUCACCCAAAAUGCUACUUUGGACUUAGAGAUAAAACAGAGCACCAGAUAAUGGAUUUGGGAAGUAGUUUAGAAUGACCAUACCCACACUAAUAUAAUAUGGUUAUCUUCUGCUGCUCCAUGCAGUAAUGCCAGCCACAUGACUUUGGAGGUGUCUACGGGCAACGCUGGCUCUUCAGCUUAGAAAUUGAGAUGAGCACCACCCCCCAGAGUCGGACAUGGCUAGACUUAAUGUCAAGGGAAAACCUUUACCUUUACUAUCUUUUGCCAGAUGAUACAGUUCAGUUACCAGUAGACCGAUUGCCAUAUUUUUGAGGACUGCAAUUUUCUAAACUUUUGUCUAUUACAGAUCCAAAACCAGUCCUAAGUCAAUAAUGGUUGUGCAUUAAAAAGCCAACAAUACUUCAACAAUACAAUACUAGAAAAGCAAUUUAAACCAUAAAACUACUAUUGAACAAAGAGUGAAUUACCCCAACUAUGAAAACUAGAUGGGCAAAAUCUACAUUAUUACUCCCUAGGUGUCCCAAAUAAUUAUGGGUCAAUAGUUGGAAAUAGUAGACUUUUAAUUAAGAGUUACAUUGAUCCUAUUAGAACAUGAUACUAAAUAAGACUUAAAAGAAUUAGACUUGAGCUUUUGAGCACCUUCCUAGAGCUGGCAAAAUUGUUGCUGUGUGGUUAUCAGACAAGCAAGGGAUUUUGCCAAGUUGUCCUCCCUCCUCACCUCUUUUCCCCUAACCCAAAGAGCAAGGAAGAGGUUGGAGGCUUACAGUUUACUAAAAAAUAAAAUGUGCUUUAUGAUCCUGGCUUCUUUUCAUAAGCCAUAGUGAAGACUGACUACAUUUUCAUGGUUGAGCAUUAAGAUAAACUCUGGUUAAUUGAAAAUGGAAGCAAAAGCAUCCAGUUUCCUCCUUUUCUUCUGGAAGCGGAGAAGGGAGGUGACAAAAGUGCAACUUCAGGGCUUGUUCCUCUAAUACUCUGCUGCUGUUUUAGUAGCUUUAUGACCAAACCACAUCAUUCUUUCUAAACUGUCAACAAGGGUGUCUGCUGUGAUAGGUCAAGAGAUCUCUAAUCUGUGUGUUGAGAGAUGAAAAAACACCAGCCACCACAAUGAGACAUGUAGAUGCACACAGGGAGCAUGCACACACAAAAUUAAUCUUUCUGUUGUAACUUUUAUUGAUGUUUUUUCUUCAUUAUAUAUGAAGGUGCUCUUCUUGCACUUUCUGGGUGCAUGUAUCUGCCUGCCUGCCUGCCUUGAAGUUGCUUGUCAACUUAUGGUGACAGGCAACUUGUUUUCUUAGGUAAGAAAUACUUAAAGGUGAUUUUGCCAGUUUCUUUCUCUGAAAUACAGCCAUCCAUCCAAGUACAAACCAGGGCUGCCCCCACUUAACUUCUAAGAUUAGACAGGAUCUGCUGCUUUAGGCCCUACAUGUCCAAGAUUUAGGCAGUUGUUUUUCCUUGUAGAGCAGUGGUGUUAUUUCCUGUUCACCUCCUCUGCUGAGGUAGCCACAACUUUGUCUACCAUUCUACCAAGGCCUCUCUUACUAAUUUCUCCCAUUUUACACAGGUAUUGUUGUGGUUUGGCUAAUAGCAUCUAUACCAUCCAGUCUACUAGUUCCAGUUUCACCAAACUGUCACCCACCAGAUAUACUGCAUGCAUCCCAUACCAUCCUCAGACAGCAUCUUUAUGCCUAGUGGGAACAAUGACAACUGUAGUCUUACACAUUGAGAGGAUGUGGCAGGCCAUGGAGGCUGUUGUAAGCUGUUUGUGAAGUAUAUUGGCUGUAUCCAUGCAUUUUGCAGAGGGACAAGGGAGCUUUGCUUUCUUUUGUUUCAUUUUGUAUAAUGGGAGAGGAGUAGUGAAAUCUGCUACCCAUUGAAGAAAUAUUUUUGUUAGGCCCUACUUAGAACUACCAGAGAGAAUAGAACCUGUAUUGAUAUAGGCUCUAUUUUUUCUGCAGUAGAGAUAUGCUCCCAAAGAUCUCUACUCAGUUAUCUUCUGUAUCCAUUUUCUUCAAAAGUUUUAUUUAAUUGAAAGCAAUUGGCCAAAUCAGGGAAUCUGGGAACAUGCACAAAUGAGCUCAUGAAAACAGCCUGCUUGGAUUACUUUCUGUUUGGAAACAUUUAGGACUUGCCACACAUUCUGCUUUAUGCAUGUCGGCUGUAGCUUCUGGUUUUCCCACUCAAAAGAGUAUGGUCACCAUAUGUAGUUGUAUGUUUUAAGGAGUUUAAAUUCUUCUUAACUUCACCUCGUAAAAUUGCAAGUUGUCAAAGGGUGGAAAUGAACUUCUCUGGGUUGUUUUGUUUGUUACAUUUUGUACUUGGGAGCACACAAUAACCAUAGACUUUACUCAUAAAUGGCAGUCCAUGCAAAAAUGGUGAAUUUCCAUCCACAGUGUGGGAAAAAUACAUACAUGUUGCAAUCAGGAAAAUGUCCAGUUGUCCAUGACCACAGCCUACAUAUUUCUUUAGAGCUGUGGUUCUCAACCUGUGGGUCCCCAGAUGUUGUGACCUUCAACUCCCAGAAUUCCUAAUAGCUGGUAAACUGGCUGGGAUUCCUGGGAGUUGUAGGCCAAAACACCUGCAGACCAACAGGUUGAGAACCACUGCUCUAGAGGAUAAGCCUGAGGGCAGGGAAUUGUGUUUUCUUGACCUUUUUCUUGUAAAAAAAUGUACAGUGAUGGUGCCAUAUAAAUAAAUGAUAGGAAGGAGGAGAAGAUGUUUGUAAUUCAUAGGCACAAGUAUUAAUCAUAAUUACGCUAUGUGCACAUAUGUAUUUGAUAUUGUAUAAUCAGUUUUUGACUGAAAUGUAGAUUUAUUUAUUUAAACCACAGGGGAUAACAAUAAUAAAAUGUGCAGUAAAAACUCAAAAGUUUGUGUUUAUGAUCAGCAAUCAUAAAAAUGAUCACAAGUGCAGUUAAAAACAAGUUUAUAUUAGCAAUGUAUUUCCAUUGCGGUUCUCUUACUGCAGAUAAGAUUUUUAAAAAUCUUAACAUUUUCAAGGUUUGAACUGCAGCCCUUUUCAACUUGCAAGUAUUUGAGAUGCUUAAAUAUUGGUGCAAUGUACAUUUACAGAUGUUUAUAUAAUGGUCAGUAACAGAAAUUUUGCCACAGAACUUAAAUGAAUUCCACCUCCACAGUGUCUGAAAAAUAUAUAUUGAUUUCUAUAAUAGCUAUCUUUAGGUAGUAGCAGUGAGCAUUUUGUUGAAAUUGCAAAAGAGUGACUACAAUCAUACACUGGAUAUUUGGUAGGAGCAGGGAAAUAGCUCCAUAUUUUUAAGAACAUUUAAUUAUGUUAUAACAUGUGUGUGUGUGUGUGUGAGAGAGAGGGGGGGGGGUCUUUUAGGCCCAUACCUGGUAGUCCUGUUGUCAAAUUCAAUGCUUUCACUGUGCUUCAUAACAUUAGAAACUUCUGAGAUCACUAAAUGAGUUUGCUAGCUCUUGGGCAGGAGGUAAAGAAAUUUUUUGCUACUCACUGAUUUUUAAAGCCAAAAGAGAUAUACACAGCAAGCAGAUAUGUGUUAAACAUGUAAUUUCUGCUAUCACAUAUCAACUAGAAAAAAAGUAUUUAUUAUUCAUUCAAAAUCAUCUUGUAUGCAUACUUUUAACUCCUUGUGCUUUACACUCCUCAACUUCCACUGUUGGGUAAACAAAGAAGACCUGCUUAAUAUGCCUGCAAUGGUUAGGUAGGCUUCAUUUGGUCUAUGCCCAAAGAAGAGGAGGCUUACAGCUCCCCUCUACUAGUGCUGAACCUGGGUGUGCAACCACCUAGGAUUUGAAGCCACGUUGCCUCGCCAGGACCAAACUCUGCACUGUGUCCUCACCACAAACAAUUAAAAACCCCUUUCAACCUGUUUUUCUUUGGAGGACAUCACUCCUAGUAGGUAGGGGGGCAGUUUUCUCCCCCCCCCCAAGCUGCUUUAAACCCAGGAGAAUUUGUUUAAAUAGAAAACUCAGCUGGGAGACUCAAAAGGCCUCAGAAAUUACUUUGGUGUGCAUCUCACUUUUCCCAUCUUGCACUGUUGGAUCAAACCCACCUUGCAUUGUCCUCUGGCAUUUAAUAUUCUCAACCAAUUUUGGGUCAUAUUGGAACACUUUCAGAGAAAAUGUGGUAAAGCUUGCCAUUGUCAGGGGAGUAGUGUCAUGUUGAGUUCCUACCAUGUGGCAAUAUAGGUGCAUCUACACUGUAUAAUGAAUGCAGUUUGACACCACUUAAACUGCCCUGGUUCAAUGCUUUAUAAUCCUGAGAUUUCUAUGUAGUUUGAUGAGGCACCAGCAGGCUUUGGCAGAGAAGGAUAAAACACCUUAUAAAUUCCAUAGCAUUAAACUAUGGCAGUUAAAGUGGUGUCAGAUUGCAUUAAUUCUAUAGUAUAGCUGCACCCAUAGAGUGAACUAGAGUGGGACAUUAUCAAGGAAACAUUUGUCGUUAAUAUAGAUACUUUAUUUCUUGAAAUAAAAUUAGAAGACUAAACAAACAACUUUCUCAAGAGAUUAUUGCUGGACAAAAUAGCACUGCUUGCUACUUGCAGUAAGUGAGGUCAAUAAGAUGUCAACUACGGCUAGUUAAGAACCAAGAUAAAAAAAAAACUUGAGCUGAUUCGACAGCAUCAACACAUUUUUGGAAGUUUAGGACACCUUGACCUAUGGUGUCAGUCGCAGCUGGGCAAUCCAAGAAUAUAAAUAGUGAAAAGAACAUUGAAUUGCCGGGGAGAAAAGGUUCACUUUGGGUUUUUCCAACAGCUGUCUUCAGGCUACAGCUUUGAUUGAGUCAACUUGUGGGUGAAUGUGGUAAAACUAUACUUUAGAACUGUAAAUAACAGUAGCUGACUCGAACUACUGUAUUCACCAUACUCAAGUUACCUCUUCCAUUCUAAAACAAUUGAACCUCCUCGCAUCUCCUCCUAUGAGCCAGUGCGGACCUUGAGAUCUUCCGGGGAGGCUCUUCUCGUGCUCCCACCACCGUCUCAAGUGCGGCUGGAGGGGACGAGGGAACGAGCCUUCUCGGCAGUGGCCCCCCGGCUCUGGAAUGCAUUGCCAAAAGAGAUCAGGCAAUCCCCUACAUUAUCCAAUUUCUGUAAGGAACUGAAGACCUGGUGGUGUCGGCAGGUUUUUGAGUAAUUAUAUUGGACUACCGCCGAUUUCUGGGCCUGAAUAUAUUGCACAAGAUUUCCCUAGCCUAAAAUGAUGCAUUUUAACAUACUGGUUUUAUGGUUCCCGUCCCCUUGAUCUGGUCAUGUAAGUGUGAUUUAUUGUUAUAAUUGUAUUGUUUUACUUUGUUUAAUAAUGUGUAUUAUGUUGUUAUGUAAUGUUUGUGUUUGCUUUUAUGACUGUAAACCACCCUGAGUCCCAUCCGGGAGAUAGGGCGGUAUAUAAAUAAAGUUUUAUUAUUAUUAUUAUUAUUAUUAUUAUUAUUAUUAUUAUUAUUAUUAUUAUUAACCUGCUAUUGGAUUACACUUUUAUAAUUUCUUUUGCUUUGUUCAGUGUAUCCAAAGACAACCUGCUUGAAUUUUCAGUACCUAAGCAUUGAAAGUGAGGAAACUAAUGUCAUGUAGUGGUUUGACCAUUAGGCUAUGACUGCAGACCAGAGUUUGAAUCCCCACUUGGCCAUGGAAACUCACUAGGUGAGCUUAGGCAUGUCACACUCUCUCCAGAGGAGGGUGACUAAAAUGAUCAAGCGUCUGGAGAACAAGUUCUAUGAGGAGCAGCUUAAAGCGCGUGGCAUAUUUAACCUGCAGAAGAGAAGGCUGAGAGGAGACAUGAUCAGGGCCAUGGAUCAAGAUGUGAGGGGAAGUCAUAGGGAGGAGGGAGCAAGGUUGUUUCUGCUGCCCUGGAGACUAGGACGCGGAACAAUGGCUUCAAACUACAGGAAAGGAGAUUCCACCUGAACAUGAGGAAGAACUUCCUCACAGUGAGAGCUGUUCGGCAGUGGAACUCUCUCCCCCGGACUGUGGUGGAGGCUCCUUCUUUGGAGAUGGAUGGAUCGCCACCUAUUGGGGGUGCUUUGAAUGCGAUUUUUCUGCUUCUUGGCAGGCGGUUGGACUGGGUGGCCCGUGAGGUCUCUUUCAUCUCUAUGAAUCUAAGAUUCUAAGCCUCCUCUGACCAAAUCUUUACAAGAAAACCUCAUGAAAGGGACAUUUCAGGGUCACCAUUGGUUGGAAACAACUUGAACAAUAGCAUUGAAAACAUCCUGCAAGUGGCAAAGAUAAGACAGAGAGACAAAAUUUGGGUUUUGUUUUUUUGAUCUGAACAGAAUUAUUUUUCUAAUGUUAUAUGACAGAGCUUACUUACUAUGACCGAAUUAUCUAUAGCCAUGACAAUUCUUCUUGCUCAGUGAAGAAGAAUAUUAAUGUAAUAAAUUUGAUAUUUCGCUACUUAUUCCAUUACUUAUUAAUAUACGAUGGUAAUCUCUCUAUUGUAGCCAUUUUUCCUUAGAAUAAAUUGAGAAGGAAUAAUUUUUAAGUAAAAGAAGAACACAUAAUUUUCUGGAGCUCCUUCUUUGCAAAAUACAUCCUUUAUAAAUUAUGGUUACAUAAUUCUUAAGGCUGUGAAGAGAAGUGUACUGGCUUCUCUUGCCAUGGAGUUUUCUACAGAUCUGAUGACUUGCCUGCCAUUAUUCUCUAUAUAGUCCUUGGCUUCAUAGGGUGCACUUAAACAGCGGAAUUAAUGGAGAUUGACACCACUUUAAUUAUCAUGGUUUUAUACUAUGGAAACCUGGGAUUGUUAGUUAGCAAAGAAACCAGUACUCUUUGGCAGAGAAGGCUAAAAAUGUUGCAAAACUACAACUCCCAUGGUUUCAUAGCAUUGAGCCAUGGCAGUUCAAGUGGUAUCAAGCUGCAUUAAUUCCAUAGUGUAGAUUAGAUACAUUUGUAUACUUUUUCCUGCUUCCUUGAGAGCAGAAAAAAAACAGGGCACAACCUCUUAUUUCUUGAUCAUUGGUAGUCCAAAUUCUACUUGCCUUUUAAAAACAAAAUUUCUUCACAGUGCUUAUCUAGGCUUCAGUACUGCAGUCCAGCCAACCCAAUAUGAUGUAGGUUUAACAUUGUGCCUUUGAGCUGCUGGAGAUCAUUACAGUUCUGGAAACCUAGAAGUGUCACUCCCAUUUUGCAGGUGGGGAUAGGAGCUCGGCAUAACAGCUACAUUAUGGUUGUGGUUGAAUCAAAAUCCAUGCUGGUACAGGCAGCUUUUCAUUUGCUUUAAAAAAAGAAAAGAAAUGUAGACUUGGGGGUACCAUGGAAACCUGUGCUGGGCUGUUUUUCUAACUUUAGGAAACUGUGUGAAAUGUUUAAAUUUGGAUUCCGUUGAAGGUGUGAAUUAAAGCACAGAAAAUCAUCAAAAACUCUCCCACUCCAUAUUUCAAAGUCUAUGUCAGUUCAUGCUUCCCAUGCUUCCUUGUUUUUCUCCAUAUAUCAGUUACAUGUUUACUUAGUGACAUGUUUACUCCGGCAUAAGUGCUCCUUAGUUAGCGUAUUUAGAAAUAUAGACCUAGGGUGCAUCUACACUGUAGAACUAAUGCAGUGUGACACCAUUUUAACUGCCAUGGCUCAGUACUAUGAAAUCGUGGGAUUUGUCAUUUGGUGAAGCACGAUAUCUCUUUGGCAGAAUAGGCUAAAGACCUUGCAAAAUGACAACUCCCAUGAUUCCAUAGCAUUGAACCAUUGCAGUUAAAGUGUUAUCAAAAUACAUUAAUUCUACAGUUUAAAUGUACCCUUAGUCUGGGCUACCAACAGCAUGUUUGUCUGUAUAUAUAUAUAAUAAUAAUACAUCUAGGUAAAGGUCUAGUUGUGUCCAACUCUGGGGGUUGGUGCUCAUCUCCAUUUCUAAGCCAAAGAGCCGGCAUUGUCCGUAGGUCAACGUGGCCGGCAUGAGUGCAUGGAAUUCCGUUACCUUCCCACUGGAGUGGUACCUAUUGAUCUACUCACAUUUGCAUGUUUUCGAACUGCUAGGUUGGCAGAAGCUGGGGCUAACAGCGGGACCUCACUCCGCUUCCUGGAUUGUAACCACCAGCCUUUCAGUCAGCAAGUUCAACAGCUCAGCUGUUUAACCUGUUGCACCACUGGGGUGGGGGCUAUUCAAAUUAUUUUGAAAUGUCAAAUUAAUUGAUUUUUUUUAAAAAAAUUAAAAUUUCAGGCUGUUUCAGCCUUGAGCAUUAUAGUGGUAUAGUGGGCCCUUGGCAUCUACUGAGAUUUGGCUCCAGGACACACUGUGGAUACCAAAGUUCCAUUACAUACAUCCAAUGGCAUAGUUAAAUAGUGUCCCUUAUAUAAAAUGGGAAAAAACAAGAUUAACCUUUUGGAUUAAAAAAAUCAGACCAUGGAUGGUUGAAUCCAUGGAUGCAGAAUCUUUUGAUGCAGAGGACUGACUAUAUAUAAAGAUACCCCAACACAAUGCAAUUAAAGUUUGAGAGCCUUUGCACACUACAUAAUUGUAGAACUAUAAUCCACUUGAACAGCCACCCUGUGGCAUCCAAAUAUUUGUAGUUUGCGGAGUCUCUAGAGCUUUUUGGCUAAGAAUUCCACAUUCCCUGAAUUGCAAAUCCCAGGUUCCCAUAGAAGGGAGCCAUGGCAAUUAAAGUGAAAUAAUACUGUUAUAACUCUGGAAAAAACAACAACCUUGGUUUAGCAUGUUUUGUAAAGAUAAAUGUUUCUCUUUUACCACCAGGAGCCAUCUCUUCCUCUUACUCCUCCACACAACUCUGAUACUUGAAAAGUCUAUAAUAAUCCUUAUCAUGAGCAGUUUCUAAUGUUUACUCAUGAUAUUGCUAAACCUCCCUCUACAAAUUAAACUUUGAACAGGAGACAAUUAAUAAGAACAGUUUGACAUGGAAUUAUAGCCAGCCCAAAAGUUUAAUAAGAAAUCCAUUGUGGCAAACCAGAACCAGGCUGUGAUUGUGAAGACUUAAAUUAUUCUUUAUUGCUCCAGACGAAUGUUGACAACUGUAGUUACAGAUCUCUAGGUCAUGAGGAGCUUUUCUGAGUUAUCAUAACCUUGUCAUUUGUAACCUUGGAAAGGAACUAGGCUGGAUGUAAUGUUGCCAAGAAUUGGAGACACCCUGCCCUAUCGAGCUGGUACAGAUUUCUGGAUCAAUUACGAACAUUGGCUCAAUAUUGCUGAAAGGGCAUCUUGCGGCUGUACCAUAAGCUUGUUAGGAGUGAAUAGUUAAUUGGGGUGUAUGAUGGAGAUAAAAAUUUUAAAGUCAACAGGACAAUGGGCUUUGUAGAGGGGAACAUAGCUGCAGCAACUUUUCCAUCCAGAACUGAAGCUGGUGCUUAUGGCCACUUAUUACAUCUCAUUUAUACGUGAUUGCUCAUGUAUAAUAUGCAAGCCUCUGGAUUAAACAAAUAUCCUGGGCAAAAGAGAUAAGGGAACCAUGUGUGUAUGUACACACACAUAUGCACUGCACAUACACACACACUUAUUUGCCUAACAUCAUCUGUGUAUGCUGGGAGAAAGCAUGUCAGACAGAAAGGUACAUGCAAAUUGGUUAUAAUUCACUGUAUUAGUUACAAUGCUCUCUUAGUAAUUCACUCAAUAAUGUUCUAAUCAUAAAGUGUUUUACAUUUUUCUACAUUAUUCCACAGUAAAGUAAAUGAUGUGUAGCUGUCUGUUGUUUUAUAUCACUUUCUCUCAUUGAUUUUAGUUGUCUUGUACAGAUGUAAAUAUUUUUUAACAAAUUUGGCUGGUCAGAAAUGACAUUUAGAACAUUAUAUAGUAUAGGCUGUAUCAAGUUGUGUAAUCCCAUUGAUAGAAUCAUAGAGUUGGAAGAAGCCAUAGGGGCCAUCCAAUCCCACCGGCUGCUAUGCAAGAAUAUAUAAUCAUUACAACUUCCUUUUUUCUUUUCAUUUUUAAAGAAAUGGGGAUGGGGUGGGAAAGCUGAUUAUUGCUGAUUCUCUCUUUCCUUCUGCUGCUCAUAAUAGUAAAUGCACUUUCCUUAAGAUGAACUGGAUGCUGCUUAUCAAAUUGAAUAAAGUGUUUAGUGCAAGUAAGAGUGCACAGUAUUGUAGCCUAUGAGGCAGUUGUUUUGCAGUUGCCUCAGCCUUGGAAUUUCAGACAGUUAGGUUACAGCCCAUAUUAUAUUAUCUUCCACACACAACCCUCUUGUGCUUUCAUAUGGCUUUCCACAAAACAAAAAUAAAAACCACUAUUAAGGUGAAAAAUCUGGAAUAGCUGUGUAAUAACUUUUGAGGGGAGAGUAAGGAACUGUUUGUCUGGAAGCACCCACAAUAUGCACAAGAAGAUUAGAUUACCUAGAUCUUAAAUGUAAAGUAUUCCCAUUAAAAAAAAAACAGCCCUUGCCGCCUACAAAAACAACAAAUAGUGGCAUUGUAGUUUUAACAACUGGGAGACCUCUGACGUAUGUGUUUCAUAACUCAGUUAGGCAUGCUUUUCAGGCUAUCGUAUUUAGUGCUGUGUGCAUACGUAUACACAGGGAGAGAACAUUGUUUACUUCCUCUGUAAGGGUUGGGACAUUCAGUACUAUGAAGUAUGAUAUGCUUGCAUAAACACUGGAGCCAGAUUUAUCUCUCACGCCUAUCUUUCAUUUCCAGUCUUGGAAAGUGAUCUGCAACACACAUUUUGUUCUUGGAUUGCACCGCAGUCUCUUAAUCGUUUCCAGUUUUGCUGAACUCCGGUGCUUUCUCAAAAAAAAUGUGUCUGUUCCAGUUGAAACGGAGCAGGUGGGCAGAACUUAGGCUUGUUCCCAGUUUUGCUUUUUGAAUAGUUUGGGUCCUCUGCCAAAGCAAGUGUUGUGCCUGUCCUCCUCACCAGUGGCUGUUAUUCCCCAGCCCCAGCUGUUAGCUGAGCUCACAGAUCUCCAGACUUUCCCUAUCUUUUGAGUCUCUUCCAGCCUGUGCUCCAAAAUUACAAAUUGUUUGAAAACCUCAGUCUUGGAAGCUGCAUUUAUUUUUCACAAUGAGCCAAUAUUUGACGUUCCUUCUGAUUGCACAAUUUAAUUUUAUUUUAUUUCUUGGUGUGGAGUUAUUUGUGGUUGGAUAAAGAAAGCCAUAUGUCUCCUGAGAUGGUGAGAAUAUGUCUUGCCAUUUAUGAUUCUUUCUCUGCAAUCCACAAUGCCCUUGCAUGCUUAACGGCUAUGGCUCUUAUAAAGAAACAUUGCACUGACUGCAAGGUCUAGAGCAGUGGUUUUCAGUCUUUAGUCCUUCAGGUAUUUUGGACUCCCAGACGUCCCAGGUUAGUGGUAAAGGAUUUGAGGAGUUGAAGCUCAAAACAUCCAAAGGACCAAAGACUGACACCUACUUGUCUGGAGUAUAGGCAUUUAUGUGGGGCGUAAAUGGAACAUUUCUUUGCAUCUUGAGGUGGUAAUGGGUGUGUGUAAGGACAAAAUCAUACAAAUGUAGGAAGUAGUUAUAAUAAGGAAGGGACAAGAGAACCGGUUUCCAAGAUAGUUAAUACACCGUUUCCUGUGCUGUAUGAAAAUGUUAGGAGUAUAUUCUUUCCUUUUAUGAAUGUGCCCUGCUCAUAGUGCGUACUAAGCAGAAAUUAGAAGUCUGAGUAUAUCCAUAUGUGACCCCACUGAAUAAUAUCCCAGAGAAAAUUAGUAAUACAUGCACUUCUGUUUUAAAAACUGUACAAGAAAUGCAGUAGUUAAGGCAGAGUUUGUAGGAGUAAUUUUGCAUAAUUAUCUGAUGGUAGUUUGUGAUAUCCAGGCCAAUGUAGGCGGAACUGCUGGCCUCAGAGAUAUUGUACACAGGCUCUUGAUAUUUAGACAUUGCAGAGUACCAAACACCUCCUUUUGAAAGGAUAUUUUCUGAUCUCAGGAAUCGGUCAUACAGGUAGCCACUUGCUUCGUCAGACUUUGUCAUUCUCAGCUUCUGGACUGAAUCACAAAGAACUGAAGAGAACACUGGUUUUCCUAGUUAGACAUGCCUUAAAUUCUCUCCUUCUGAUAGUGCUCAGAAAUUUAGUAGAGUGCCUGAUAUUAAUACAUUGUUAUAUGUACUUGUGUGUGCCUGUGUGUGAGUAAAGAGCAACUGUGAAAUAGCAUUAAAUGUGGCUACUGUUACAGCGAUUAUUUUAGGAAGACAACUGUUACCAGAGAGAGGUCAGCUGUGCCUGCCAUUUCCCAUUUGUUUGUGCCCACUCCACAUUGCAUUGAGGAUGGAUCUAUAUUUCAUUUUCCUGAUUCUGAUUUAAUUUGGUUGUAUGUUCAGGAGGAAUAUGAACCAAAUAGAAGGUCUGCAACUGCAGAUGGGCCAUAUAGUUUACUGUAGAGGAACGACUUUGUUAAAGAUAUGUAAAUUGUGAAUAGACUUACCAUGUAGUAAUUUCAGAAACCAUUGUGUAUUACACAUAUCCACAAGGAAGAGGACCAGUUAUAACAUUUUAAUCAAAGUAUCAUUAGAGUUUUUAAUCUAUCAAUUUAAAUUUUUAAAUGAUUAAGAACAUUACUGAAGCACAAGUUUUGGUUUUGAUAUUAAUAUCAUUGUUGUAAGAAGCAUAAUUUAAAAACAUCAUUAGAUCUGUGAAGGAAGAAUGCCCCUUAAGAGGGUGUUUCACAUCAGUACUUUUCAUAAUCACUUGAUUUAAAAUCUUUGUGUUUUCAAAAUCAACUUUCCAGAUAAUUAGGGAUAGAUUGCUUUGAUAUUGAGUCUCCAGUGGUGCAGUGGAUUAAACGGCUGAGCUGCUGAACUUGCUGACUGAAAGGCUGGCAGCUUGAAUCUGGGGAGUGGGGUGAGCUCCUGCUGUUAGACCCAGCUUCUGCCAACCUAGCAGUUGAAAAACAUGCAAAUGUGAGUAGAUCAAUAGGUACCACUCCAGUGGGAAGGUAACGGUACUCUAGGCAGUCAUGCCGGCCACAUGACCUUGGAGGCAUCUAUGGCCUAGAAAAUGGAGAUGAGCCCCAGCCCCCAGAGUCAGACACAACUAGACUUAAUGUCAAGGGGAAACCUUUACCUUUACCUUGCUUUCAUACCAGCAGUUCAAUUCAGUACACAUCUGGCAAAAAAUGAGAGCCAUGCAAUAUAGUGGGGUUUACUUUUGGGUAGGCGCCUGCCUAAUCAUAGAUGUUAAAUGUUGAAGCCCUGAAACAAAUUUGUCCUGCUGUUUAAUGCCUUUAGUUUUGCUAUAUGGCAAAAGUUUUGUGAAUUGAUCACUGAGAGAAGUACAAAAAGGUAUGCAUACUUCAGCCAUGUGGCACCAGAUGUGCAUAAGACCCAAGGAAGGGGUUAUGGUGCUUAGUUUUGCUUGUUUUUCCAUUGCCCUGUAUCAUCAACGACAAGCUAGUGCCAUCAGUCUGGAAGAAAUCAUUCUUUUAGGAGUCAGUUUAAAUUUUAUUCAUUUUUAUUAGCUAUUCAGAAAUGUACACCUUCCAAGAGUCAUAGAUUUAGGCAAGUUGUUACAGCAGGGGUCAGAAAGACAAGCUUGCAUUCACUAUAUAUAGCUGUGGUAGAAAGCAGGUGUGUGUUUGCAAGGUAAUGGUUUAUAUUUUAAGCAGUGUGUGUCUAAGAAUAUCUUAAGAAAAUAGACCUGAUAAUAUUAGCCACAAUGAGUUACUUAACCAUGAAACCACCCAUACCAUCUAAAAUAGUCCGUCUUACACUAACUGUAAUUGCAAGCCAGUCAUUCUCCAGUAUUAACCUACACAGAACAAACUCUGAAAGCAUGAAGUUCCAGUAAUAGGAUACUUCUCAUUCAUAGUAGCUCCUGAAUUGUGUCAUCUAUUCAGUCCCGCUGAUGUCAUCUCAGAUGAGUUGUCUGUUCUGUUUUGUCAUUUUUACAAAUAAAAAAAUGUCCAAAUCACAAAAAAAGGCUUGUGUGGAAGUGUCCCCAGGCAGAUGCUGCCCACUGUAUCAGGACUGCAUCCAACUAACUUAGCACCCAGUUGAUAGUCAGCACCAGGAAAACCUUACAGUGCUUCAUUUCAACUGGUAUGAUUUGAUCUGCUGUUGUGUCUUUUCUGUAAUGAUAUGAUUUGUAUUUGUUUUUAAAUGAUACAGUGAGUUCUAUAAAAGAGGCUUAUAAUGCAUUUGUUUGUUUAUGUAUGCAUGUCUUUUACUCAUCUAUGUUUUUCAACCACGCAAGAGCUCAUAGCCAUCUAUCUAGCAUGAUAUAUUUGUCACAGCCAGGGACUGAUCACCAUUUGUUGUGGAUUUGAGAGACUCAUUUUGGAAGCCAUUUAAGCAGCAGUGAGGAAACUGAUAAUGGUCAGUGAAAACAAUAAUCUCAAAGGCCCAAAGGGAUAACAACAAUCAAUAGCAUGGUUGCCAAUCUUUAAACUUAAUCAUGACACAAUUAUGUCCUUAACACUGAAAAAAAGGUUAUUUAUUUUCCACAAAUGUAUCCAUGGCAGGCAGGCAUUAAAUAGUUGUAUAAUGACAACAUAAGCAUUGGAAUAGGAAUGUGGCUGCAAUAUAGUGUGGAAUGCAAUGUCCAAUUAAGAUAAAUAUGUCAUAAGAAAUGUGUUUUUCCUCAAAAUCAUGUUUCACUAAAUAUAAUUGUAUUGUUUCACAUGACUCUUGCAGCUUGCAAAACAUAUAUAACACUUCCUGAAUCAGUAAAGAAUUAGAUGUUGCAAUUGUUUAGAGCUGUCAGUUGUGACCUAGGGAUCCUUUCCUUUUAAAUCAACACCUAUCUUAAGGACAGCUAUAACUGGCAAAGUGUAACAUUUGUGUUUGUUGUUGUUCUUCACAAUCAAGUCAAUUUAGAUUUAUGGUGACCUUAUGAAUUGGGUACCUGCAAGAGCCUUGGUCACCAACUGCAUUUCUCCAGCAAGCUAACUCCAUAUGAUAGCUUCCUUGGUAAAAAAAAAAAAGUAGCCAGUAUAUGAAGCCAUUCAAUGCAAAUUAGGGUGAUUAACUGCAACAUUCACGCUGGCCUCCAACUGACAAGAGUUUUUCCCCUCACCCUGGACUUCCUACAGAUAUAUAUAAACCUUCCUUGCUGAGUUUCUCCAUACCUCACAACCUCUGAGGAUGCCUGCCAUAGAUGUGGGUGAAGCAUCAGGAGAGAAUACUUCUAGAACAUGGCCAUACAGCCCGGAAAACAUACAACAAUCCUAUUCCUUGGUUAAAUCAAUCCACCUGUAGUGCAGUCUCCCUCUUUUCCUAACACAUCUCAUUGUCACCUUUCCCGGUGACUCAUGUCAUUAUAUGUCCAAAGUACAACUGCCUCUGUUGUGUCAUCUUUACCUCUUGUGAGAGUUCAAGUUUGAUUUGCAAUAAGAUCUUUUUGUUUGUCCGUGAUAUCUGUAGAGCUUAUCUUCAUACAUUUUGUGGACUAAUAGACAUAAUAAUUGUGAAGGAUGGCAAAUGAAUGAAUUUUAUUAUUAUGGUUGCAGACCAGGAAUAAUUAUGAAGGGAAGAGCGUAAAAGCAAUUUGCCACAUUUAUCAGGGUUAGGUUUUCAAGGUGUCAGUCCAGCAUUAUGAUCUCAAGGAAAGCAAGCUUGUAUCCUCUGGCUGUCUUAGAUUGGAGCUAUACUGUGGUUAAUGUCAUUCGAUACCACAUUAAGCCCACUGGCUCAAUGCUAUGGAAUCCUAGGAGUUGUAGUUUGGUGAGGCACUAGCACAGUGGUUCUUAACCUGUGGGUCCCGAGAUGUUUUGGCCUUUAACUCCCAGAAAUCCUAUCAGCUGGUAAACUGGCUGGGAUUUUUGGGAGUUGUAGGCCAAAACACCCGGGGACCCACAGGUUGACAACCCCUGCACUAGCACUUUUUGGCAGAGAAGACAAAAGACCUUGAAAAACUGCAACUUCCAUGAUUCCAUAGUAUUGAGCCAUUAUAAUUAAUGCUGCAUUAAUUCUACAAUAGUUUUACCCCUAGAUAACGGCUUUCAUAGGUCUCCGCCAGAAUAACGAGUACUCUGCAUUUAUGACAAUUGUAGUCUUCUCCUUUUCCUCUCUUCUUUUUCUUCUCUGAGGGCAUGAAUUUGCCUACCUCACAAUUCAAAGGAAUGAGAGUGCAUACGGCCACUAUGUUCUCUCCAUUGAUUCCUUUUCCUCCUCUUCCUUGCUCAAGUUCUGUGGGGCAGAGCUAAAAUUCUGUCUGGAGGGAUAAUUAUGAAGGGAAAGCUUGGACAUAGUCUCCAUGGAGGAAAAGAGGAUGAUAGAUAAAGUGGUUAUAACAUUUUUGAUGACUUCAGGCCUUUGAAAGGAACAGUCAUGGUUUCCAGGUGACCCCUGAGAACCCUAAAGAAAGCAUGCUCAGCCCAAACAGGAAUGAACAAGUUACCUCUAAUUGCCUCUAAAAAGGCAAUUACAAGAUAUUUUAUCCCGAGCUGAUAUAUGUCAAUAGCUUCUUAAUGUCUUCCCAAACAACAGAAUUGGCACAACAUGUGAUCUUAUUUUGGUACUGCCCAUUUAUGAAGCAACAUGUGUGAAAAAUGUGGUAUGAGGCUACUAAAAAAAAGGAUACCCAGCUUUGUUUCCUAACUUCAGUGUUUAAAAGUCCAGUCUGAAAUGAAAGGAAGAUUGUGAUGGAGCUGCAAUUUCAUAUUUAUUGUAAACCCAACAGAUUUUGGCACUACUCUGUACUUGUUGAUUUGAGUGUUUUAUGCUGUUUUAAAAAGCCUUUGGAUGACCGAAUGCAGGCUGGUCACAAUUUCAGUUCCUGCGCAUCAAGUGUUAACGCUGUAUUUGUGUAUUCCUGGAGAAUGAGCUACCCUGCUUUUGUUCUACCUCCACAAUUACCUCUCAUAGUCCAGCUGCAAAGCAAGCCUGAGCAGUUCUGGGUUGGCUCUUUUCCCAUAGGCUUUUAUGGGUCGCCUCCCCUUUGCCUCAUUGGACAACAGCAUUUAGCUUGGCUCAGCUGACAGGGAGUUGAUAUAGGUCAGUAUAGCAAUGUGGAAUUGACUUGUUGUUCUCGUUCCCGAAUCCAGCUUUGUUUAAUCUGGCACCUUGCCAGCCCUGUACAGUCGCUAUGCUUCGCCUUAUGCAGUGACAGGACAACACAGAGCUGAAGCAAGGAGACAGACAAUCCUCCUCAUCUUCUUCCUCAAAAGACAGGAAGAACGGAAACAAUUGUGCAUGUGCAUUUUAAGCUUCCUUAGUCAGAACUCCAUCAGACACAACUUGUCCCUUCACAGUCGAUUCAUCAGGGUACAGAAUGAAGGAACCGGGAAAAGCUCGUGGUGGGUGAUCAACCCAGAUGGAGGGAAAGGUGGGAAAGCGCCACGGAGACGUGCUGUCUCAAUGGACAACAGUAACAAGUAUACAAAGAGCCGAGGACGGGCAGCCAAGAAAAAAGCAUCUCUACAAGCUGCACAAGAAACCACGGAAGACAGCCCCACCCAGCUCUCCAAGUGGCCAGGUAGCCCCACGUCACGCAGCAGUGAUGAACUGGAAGCAUGGACAGAUUUCCGGUCCCGUACAAACUCAAAUGCCAGUACCAUAAGUGGCCGCUUGUCUCCAAUCUUGGCAAGUACUGAGCUAGAUGAAGUCCAGGACGAUGAUGCUCCGCUUUCCCCCAUGCUGUAUAGUAGCCCGCCCAGCAUGUCUCCAUCGGUAAACAAACCCUGUAACGUAGAGUUGCCUAGGUUGACGGAUAUGGCAGGCACCAUGAACUUGAAUGAUGGCCUGACAGAUAACCUUAUGGACGAUCUUCUGGACAAUAUAAGUCUCCCCCCUUCCCAGCAGUCUCCUACAGGGGGUCUCAUGCAGAGAAGCUCAAGUUUUCCAUACAGCUCCAAAGGUUCAGGUCUUGGUUCUCCAUCGAGUACUUUCAACAAUGGUGUGUUUGGGCCAUCAUCUCUGAAUUCCCUCCGUCAGUCUCCCAUGCAAACCAUCCAAGAGAACAAGCAAGCAACAUUUUCUUCCAUUUCUCACUACAAUAACCAAACGCUGCAGGAUCUGCUGGCAUCAGAUUCGCACAGCCACAGUGAUGUCAUGAUGACUCAGUCCGAUCCACUCAUGUCGCAGGCUAGCACAGCUGUGGCUGCCCAGAACGUGCGCAGGAGUAUUAUGCUGCGGAAUGAUCCAAUGAUGUCAUUUGCUGCGCAACCAAGCCAGGGUAGUUUGGUCAACCAGAACCUGCUCCACCACCAGCAUCAAUCCCAGAAUUCCUCUCUCAGUGGCAGUCGUGCCUUGUCGAAUUCCGUCGGUACUAUGGGCUUAAGUGACUCAAACAGCAUUGGGCCGGCAAAACACCAGCAACAGUCGCCUGCCAACCACUCUAUGCAAUCCCUUUCUGACUCACUCUCAGGCUCUUCAUUGUAUUCCAACAGCCUGAGCCUUCCAGUCAUGGGGCAUGAUAAAUUUCCCAGUGAUUUGGAUCUGGAUAUUUUCAAUGGGAGCUUGGAAUGCGAUAUGGAGUCCAUUAUCCGCAGUGAACUCAUGGAUGCAGAUGGGUUGGAUUUUAACUUUGAUUCCCUGAUCUCAGCCCAGAAUGUUGUCACUCUGAAUGUGGGAAACUUCACUGGUGCUAAGCAAGCUUCAUCACAGAGUUGGGUUCCAGGCUGAAGGAUUUAUGCAAAGAGGGGAAAAUGGGCAAAGCAGGCCCUUCACCUGACAUGAGUCCUAAAAGAAAAAAAGAAAAACCCUUUGCCAAAAUCAACUGUCAGCAAGGACAGGGAUACCGUUUACAGCUUAUUACCUUUGUCAGCCCUGCAUUCUUUUUUCCUAUUUGAAACAGAGACUGUUAAUGAGCCCCCAGAAGUGGAGUGAUGAACUGCCUUGCCGGGAACGGGACUCCUUCGGAAGGAUGCAAAAUCUUCCUAUCACGGGGUGGUCCAGCACCAACUUCUGGAGAAGUUGGUUCAGCCACUAUCCUGUUUCACAGCACACUGUGUAGCCCUGACAACAUGGUUUCUUGGUCAAUUAGCAUAUGGUGUACCAACAUGGUAAUGGGUUAAUGGAUGCUUUUGGCUGGCUAUUAUUUUUCAGGGUUCCCCACCCCUUCCCCGCCUCCAAACCUACCACUCUGGGUGUAUUCUCCCUCUUCCCCUGGAAAAUGCUUUAAUUGUUCCUUUUCACACGCUGUUUCCCUAUUAAUAUGAAAUGCAGGAACAAUAUAUGCACAGUGAGAAAUCUGGAUCCAUUUUGGCUUGAAAUACCAAGAGCACUUGAAUAUUACAGUCCUUACAGCAUCUACUAAUUGGAUUCAAGAGGUAGUUUAUGAGGAGGAGAGUGGUCGUGUUUGUGUUUGGUUUGGUUUUUGUAUUAUUAUUAUUUGAAAAGAUUGGUUAAUUGGCUGUUUCUUAUUCUGUUUUCAACGAUGUCCCUGAGCAGGUUCUGUUCCUAAAUGUAAGAGUAUGCCUUUCUUUUUAUUCUCAGCACCAAGAGGGUGGAUUUUUACCUCACCAAAUGAGCCACCGCCAAUGUUGCAUCCCAGCCAAUGUUCAGGAAGUGUUUUUUGGGGGAAAGGUGCUUUAUAGUGUUUAUAGAGAGAGAGAUGGCAGCUGGCUUACCCUCAGUCAGAUCAGCUCUGGCCCAGUGUGUGAUGCCAGCCGUUCUGCCCAAAUAGCUGCCAUGGUUUUGGGGUUCUUGUGCGCUUGCCGUUGGCCUGCCCAUACAGCUUUGCACCUCUCUGAGUAAGGGAGCUGCACUGUUCGCCGUCUUACCAGUCAGUUUUUAACCAGCUAGAAGGCAAUUGUUUGCUUUCAGAUGGAUAAUAAUGACAACAACAGUAAUAAUUACAAUAACAAUAAUAAUCAAGCAAAACCUAACAAAAAAAACUAUAUUGCAUGAAUGCAGAGUUUUUACGUAUAUGCAUCAUCCAGAACUUGGGUGAGUUAUUACUUUGGUAAUUAUUUUUUACAUCCUCUUCUUGAUUAUUCUUUCCUUCUUGUGAUGAUGCAUCAUUGAGACCUGGGAGGAGAAGGUGAGGGAGGGCAGGAAAGAGAGUCAGGGAGGGAAAAAAAAAUAAAGAUAGCUUUUCAUAGGAGCGUAGACUGUACUUGGAUAAAUUCCACUGGAAAAAAAAACAAAGUAGUUUUUAUAUAUUUUGCUUAUAUGGAUUUCUUUUGUAAAUUUAUACAGUAAUAAUGACUGACAGUUCUGGUGCUGUGCAGGUCCUGUUUAAUUACUUUUUAUUGAUAUCCUUCUGUGAGAGGGAGACAAAGAGAGGAGGAGAGAAAUGGAAAAACCCAAUGGUACUUCUUAAUUUUCCCUUUAAAACAAAUCUGUGUGAAGAUACUCUGGCUGGGACAGUAUACUCCAAUUCCUCCUAAGUGAUUUUUGAAAAACUUUUUGGCGUGAAGACAGAAUACAUAUAAAUAUAUAAAUAUAUUUUAUUAUGUACAGAAACAGACCAUUAUGCAUGAAUGUUAGGAGAACAGACUAGCAUUUUAACCCAAAGUUUCAGUGCAUGAGUUUUCACUGGCACAUGAACUAUGUACUGUGUGGUGUGACUUCCUUCAGCCGCCACGCACAGUGCGCAUGCACAGGUAAGGUGCAUGCACACUCUCUCUCUCUCUCUUUCUCUCUCUCACACAAACACACACACACAUCUGUGGGCCCUGUAUUGCUCCUUCUUUUCCACCCCUUUGAGGUAAUAUUGGUGAAAUAACAGCUCCUCGUGUGAUGGAAGUUUUGUUUCGUACUGUAGCCUCCUCAUGAAUGUGCUGCACUAUUCUAUAGAUGAACAUGUGAACUCCAUCAUGCAGUUCAUAACUGAAUUAUAUUUUAAAAAAAAAAACCUCUGUGCUAUUGUGGUUCUAAAUAGGUCAUAGAAUUAAAUUUAAAAAACCCUUUCGAAAUAGUUACAAUUUUUAUCCUUUUUCAAAACAAAUAAAUAAAUAUGGGGUAUUUUUUUAAUAAUUAAGGUGGUAUAUUUGUCAAUGGCAGGGGCUUGUUUACCAUAUUUCAUUUAAUCAGAGAUAACCAAUGUGUGUGUUUAUACUCCACAUUGGAAAGGGCUUCCCCGAGAGAAAAUGCUAUAAAAUUAUCAUCUGUUCAAGACUUAAGAAAAGUAUGUGUUUAUUUAGAGAGACUCAGUUACAGGUACCUAUUACCAAAGCUAGUUAAGAAUUUGUUCACAAAUGUUCACUACAUGAGUAUCUGGUACAUCAUUACAUGUGGUGACAAGUGUCUGAGAUUGUUUGUUAUUUGAUUUAGCAGUGUAUUUUGGUGACUGACCACUUAUUCUGUGUGUAAAUUUCUGUCCUCCUCAGUGGGAACUGUGGAUAAAAUCUGGUAUCCAGCAAAAUUCCUGGCUUUAUCCUCUCACCUCUCCUGUUGAGCUUCCUCUUAUCCAGUGGUUCUUAACCAGGGGUCCCCAGAUGUUUUUUGGCCUUCAACUCCCAGAAAUCCUAACAGCUGGUAAACUGGCUGGGAUUUCUGGGAGUUGUAGGCCAAAAACAUCUGGGGACCCCAGGCUGAGAACCACUCUCUAAUCUCUUGAGGGUAGGCUGAGGUAAAGAUGUAACCUUCAGAAAUUUGAGGUACAGAAACAAAUAAAUCCUUCCAUUUGCAAGCUCUAAAUUUGUCAAGUUAGUAAUUUUCAUAUAGCACAGAAACUGUGGGUGUAAAUUGGCCAGGGUUAAAUAUGUCUAAAGCCCCUGAAUUAGUGACAUUUUAGGAUGCAUUAUUUCCUGGAAGUAAAUUUCUGCUAAAUGCAAUGAUUAUCUUGAGUAAACAUGAAUAGGAUCAGACCUUCAAUUCUAAACACACCUGCUGAGUCCAGUGUUGUUUUCCACUUCCUCUAUAGGUGCGCCUUUAUCAAUUCCAUAACAAGACUCACCACAUGUUAUGCAAAUACAGUAUGCAAGAAACCCCAACAAAUACAGUAUGCAAGAAACCCCAACAAAUACAGUAUGCAAGAAGUCCCAUGGAAGGGAAAAGAUCAUGAUAAUUCCACAAAUUCAGUCCUAACACCUGCAGAUAGAUCUGGUAAAGUCUGGUCUAAAACCUCAUUGAGUUGCUCCUAAACAAUAGCAACAAAGCUGAACUUGGUGGAUCAGUAGUAUAUGGUCUUAAAUCCAUACAAGUCAGCUGCAGCAAUCUUAACUUCUCGAAAAAAAAUAUUGGGUUAGUAAGGAUAUGUGUGCACAUUUUUUCUUUUGGAAAACAUCCCAAACUAGCUCAUUGUGCACUGCCCAAUUUUUCUCCCAGUAGCUGUCAAGCCAUUUUCUCCAUUUUAUCUCUCUCUUUGGAGAAUUGCAGCUAGUGUGAACCACAAUCUUCAUAGCUUUUCCCUUUUUCCUCUGGCCAUUAAGUGGAUAUAGCAGUGCCCUUGGCCUAAACACCUUAAAGGCGUCAGAUGCAACCUGAUAUUGGGAGCUAAGCCAGGUCAGCACUGGUUAGUACUUGGAUGGGAGAUGGACAGCAAGUAGUACAUGCUGUAGACUAUACAGAUGAAUGAACUGGGAAAACCACCUCUAAGUAUUCCUUGCCUAAUCCUAAGAAAUUCAUGUGCUCACCAUACCUGGCCCCAUUGACCCAAUAUAAUACAAUGAACUUAGAGGAGCACAACUGGAGUAGGUUGUUUUAUGGCUGCAUUUAUCUGAACCUACUAUUUAGUUUUUAAACUGAGCAACUUCUGUGUUUAUAUUGGACACUGUCAAGCCAAAUCUAAGCAUACAGCAGCUUGGUUCUAUGCAAGUUUACUCAGGAGUAAGUUUCAUUGGUAGUAAACCUUGGGUUGUAAACCCCCUUGAAUCCUAUCUUGAGAGAAAGGCAGCAUAUACAUUCAAUAAAUAAGAAACAUGUUUUCAGGUCACAGAAAAAUCAUUGUGAAGUGAGCCCAUGGAGGGGUAAAAUUUGUCCCAUGUUGUUUACCUAUGUAAUUGGUCCUCUUACACCUAACUCCAGAUAUUUUUAUUCCACCCUCAUUUGGAAGUUUGAAGCAUUUAGAAGUCAUCUGAUUAGAAGAAGAUUGUGCUCAAGUAAACCCAUAAUAAAUCCUGAUUUAGUUACUGGUCCACUUCAGAUGUAACACUAAACUGUGUUAUAGGUACUAUGCUUACAAUAACCACUAGACCUCUUCCUUUUUCCUCUUGUCUGCAAGGGAGGCAGAUCAAAAGCUUCAGCUUUCAACUUCCUGAAACAUGUUUAAAUGUUUUCUGAGAUAAUGUCAAACACUAUCUCAAAAAACCUGAGUCGACUCAUCCACAGGUCGAUGUGAUUCUUAUAAAAAAAGGAAUCAUCCCUUUCUCCAAGGAAAGAGCCUUCACUUAUCCAUAGAUCAUUAUCAAAAUCCAUAAUUUUGGCACCCAGGUCUGCCUGUGAUUUAUAUAUGAUGUCGACUUAUACACAAGUGUAGGUAAUAUCAGUUAUUGGAAAAAUUUGUCAUUUGGCCAUUUUGACAGUAAGGACUGAACUGUGGUUAGUUGAGAAACUAGUUUCUGGGCAUAGUUUAAUCUUUGUGUGAACUUUACAUAGUAACAAUAAACUACCAUUUCCUGAGUUCUACGUAACCGAAACCAGUUCAUUAUUUCAUAAUUAUUUUGAUAUAUCAUUUCAAAGCAAUCUGAAAUUGGCUUGUUAGUGUUCAAAAAGGAAGAUAAGAGGUUUAAUGGAAACUAAGAGUGGUGGGCAUGGAAACAUCAUGACUACAAUGCAUUUUCAUAGAGCUAAACCAUGGUUUGCUGUUACGUCUGAAUUGGACCACUUUGUCAAAUUAUCUUAAAGCUUCUGCACUGAAAAGACUAAUGUGAUAGCUAAGAACCUUAGCAACCUUUUAUGGCUGGAACCCUCUUGUUUACUUACAUUGGCACAGCUAGGAGGAGGUGUAGUUUUCAAGACAUUGUGCAAGGACACAUCCAGUAGCUCCUUGCACAAAUCAUUCCUCCAGCUGCACAAUGACAUUCAGUAGCAGCCCAGGAACAGCUGUACCCCUAGCCAUGAAUACACUGGAAAUCCAGGAAGUUAAGUACUCCUUUCCCCAACCAUUUGAUUCAAGUUGGAUAGUUCCUGGAGACAGCUCUACCCCCAACCACUGAUUAGCCACAUGAGUGAACCCAGGGCCUAUCCAGUUUACAUUGCACAGCUGGGGAAGGAGAAAACUUUAUCAAAGUAUUUUGGCAAGCUUUUACAUUUUGCCAGCACUCUAAUCGGUUCUUGGCCUUAAUAGGUUAAACUCAAACUACUUACUUGUGAAGUGCUGCUGAAAUUCUCACUUUAGCUUAUUCCAAGUUAGUGAUUUGAAUUUCCCAGGUAUUCAGUGUCUCAACUACCCACCAUCUAACAUGUACAGGCGCAAAUUUACAAAUCUUUAAUACUUCAGUUUUAAAGAUUUAAGCAUGCCCCACUCUGGUCGAAGUCACCUUUGUAUGUUUUAAAAUAAAUGCUAUGGUACGUGAUCAUCAAUACAUGUGAACAGAUUCAGUUGCACUAAUGGCUUUAUGAGCAGCUUUACAGACUGAUUGAAUUAUUUGUGGAACAAUUCUUAGACAAAAAAGAGGUAGUGUUUCCUUAAUGUUACAAAUUGUGAGUCCAUUCAAAAUUGAAAUAAUGUCCAUCAAAUAAGGUAUUGGUGUAAUUGCACUGACAGUUUAUUUAACUCUGUGUUGAGAAGUUUGUCACAUUUUGUUUUGAGGCACCACUUCAUAGUUCUUUGAUUUCACUCUUGCUGAAGUGAUUUUUCUAAUGAUGGGUUACCAGGCUGCAACCUAUCAUGUCACAGUCUUCAAAAGCUAAAUGCUGGAACAUUUAUCUCUUGGGAAUGACAUCAUGGCUUGGCAACCAGCUCUCAUUUAUUUUUCUUCCCUUUUCUAUACACAAUUGGAAAUACCAGCAAAUGCGUGGGGGGACCAGAUACAAUUUAAGUUGUUCUAGGAGGGGAAUGGGAUCUAUUGUACCUUUUGGCUUCACGUGUGAAACUUUUUUUAACCAAAAAAAGUUGCAUGAAUGGACAAAAUAUGUAUACAGUAUCUGUAAAACUGUCUUACCUGGGUUCAUUCUUUCACUGUCAGGCCACAUAAUGUUGGAAGAAUCCUCCAUCCACUGCCUUAGUGCAUGGCCACCUUGCCUAAGAGGUGCACACUUUUUACUUUUUCAUCUGAGCUACCUUGCAGUCCCAUCUGAACGUUGGCACUGUUGAGAAAACUCAGCAGAGGCUUUUUGUGAAACCAAAUGAUGACAUGGGUGAAUAUACUACCUUACCACAUAAUGAUUGAAUACUGUUUGGAAAAUCUUUCCCUCCUUUGCAAAUGAAAUAGCAGUACAGAGCUUAACUCCACUUGAUGUUAGUAGAUAUUGCCUCGUGUACUCCAUUCUCGAUUGUAAUCUAGUUUGUAAAAGAAAUUGUGACGCAUGUAAAUAAAGCAUAAUGGAUCUCUACACUUAA